AUGUUAUUGGUUCAACAGCACUAUGUGGUCGAAGUGUACGACGACUUCGUCACUGUUGGCAAUACAGCGGUCUUUCGCUGUCAUAUUCCGGGCUUUAUUAAAGAUUUCGUUGAUGUCGUCUCUUGGAUACAGGACUCGACUGCUCUCAUACAAGCCAAUGAUCCUCCCGGCGAUCGUUUCUCAAUCUUCACGUCGGGUGAGCUUCACAUCCGUCGCGUCCAACAAAGCGACGCUUUGAAGACAUUUCGCUGUCAAGUGAGACACCGAUUGACCGGCGAAACGCUCAUCAGCUCAUCGGUCGGCCGUCUGUACGUCACCGAGGCGUUCAGUAACCAACCGCCGAGAAUAACAGACAGUAAACCAGUGGUCGUGGUUAAGGAGGGCGAGGACGUGGAGUUGGCCUGUGCUGCUCAGGGCUACCCCGUGCCCACCUAUACCUGGGCCCGAAACACACAACCCAUAAAGGCGUUCAGUAAUCAACCGCCGAGAAUAACAGACAGUAAACCAGUGGUCGUGGUUAAGGAGGGCGAGGACGUGGAGUUGGCCUGUGCUGCUCAGGGCUACCCCGUGCCCACCUAUACCUGGGCCCGAAACACACAACCCAUACGUCAAUUAGCAUUCAAUAGGGUUCGCCAAUUGGACGGCUCUCUAAGGCUGAGCCAAGUGUUACAAUCGGACGCCGGUAUAUAUCGGUGUACUGUCAACAACAGUGUCGGCUCCGAAAUGAUGGAAACGCAGCUCAUUGUCACC